AUGCGUAUCGCAACCCUCCAGUUUUCCCCGCGCCUGGGAGAAGUGGCGGCCAACUUCAGCCGCGCCGAGAGCCUUCUUAUGCGUGAGGAGAGGGAAGGGCUGCUUGAAAACAUUGAUUUGCUGGUACUCCCUGAACUUGCCUUCGCAGGGUACAAUCAUUCAUCAUUAGCCGCCAUUGCGCCGUUUCUUGAACCGACAGCAGCGGGCCCUUCAACGAGAUGGGCCGCUCGAACUGCAAAGCGACUCAAAUGUACCGUUGCGGUAGGAUACGCCGAAGCAGCUGCAGAAGGCAACUACAACACCAUCUUCGACCGACAAAUCACCGCCGAGUCUGGCACCAUUGCCUACAAUUCACUCGUGUUUGUCAGUUCCGGUGGAGACAUUGUUGCUCACUACCGCAAGUCUUUUUUGUACUAUACUGAUGAGACUUGGGCCCAAGAAGGGCAGGGCUUUUGGGCGGGCGUGCUCCCGAUUGGUGACAAAGGUCAGCAGGUCAAGGCUGCUGCAGGAAUUUGCAUGGAUAUCAACCCCUAUCGCUUCGAAGCCCCCUGGACUGCGUACGAGUUCGCUAAUCACGCGCGAGAAGCCCGUGCCAAAGUUGUCGUCAUCAGUAUGGCCUGGAUAACAAGGCUGAGCGCGGAGGAGAUAUCGAGUCAGGCUAUGGUACCCGAUCAUGAUACCGUCAAUUACUGGGUUGAACGACUCAGCCCUCUCUUUGGACCCCAAGGGGCACAAUCCGAGGCGAUCAUUCUUUGUGCGAACCGAGCUGGCGAGGAAGGUAUCAGCCCUAGAAUUGGGGAGGUGAGGUACGCGGGCAGUAGCUGUGUCAUGGGCAUGACAAAGGGUGAUCAAAUCAGAAUCUGGGACAUCCUGGGAAGGGCUCAAGAAGGUAUCCUGCUGGUGGACACGGACAGUCCUCCAGCGUACUCGAUCACACUCAAACCACGGAGUGAGCCUCUGGCUGUGACUGGAGCGGGUCCUGAACUUGCGACGGGCUAA